AUGACCAUGUCCUCAGGGCAUCGUCGUUGGACAACCGCAAGGCCCGCAGCGGGCCUUUUCAUCCUUGCGCUUGGCCGCCUCUGCUGCGCUGACUGCAUUGGGGCGAGCUGCGCCGCCACGGGGGCGUCGCUCUUGGCGCUGAAGGCGGAGACACAAACUUCCGCUUCCCUUGGCGACCUCGAGGAGCGUGGCUACCCCAUCAACAUGACAGUGAAUGGCAGCAAUGGGACUGUGGACACGCAGUUGGAGAUGAUUGUGGGCGAGAACGCUGAGCAAGACAUGAAGGAGAUGAACAGUAUCCCGAAUCCCGAGAAUGCCAGCAGUAACGGAACUCAUGGGAUGGGCGAGUUGGCCCGCAACUUGGAGUUCCUGAUGCUGAAGAUCGUCCAGCUGGAAACGGUGGUGGAGAUGCAACAGCAUGAGAUCCAGGACCUCACUGACCUCCGCAGCGUCAUCGGCGAGCACUUCGACCUGGAUCACAAUGACACCACGGCUUCCUUGAAGCAGGUGGAUCCCGAGGCCCGCACGAAGAAGGCCCAAGAGAUCCUGAAGAAGGUGAUGCAGAAGCACAAUCACCAGCGCGAGAAGCGGGACUUCAGUCCGGAGGCCCACCGCCGCCAGGAGCCAAAGGAAGAGCUGAACCAGGCGGAGGGAGAGGCCGAGGCCCAGCAGCGGAAGUUGCUUUCAAAACGUGACGAGGAGGCCAAGGACAGCGUCCUGCUCGAGGCUGAGACCGAUGAGACGGAGGAGGAGGAGGAACGAUCUUCCCGCCGACGCGGCUGGCGUCGCCGACGUCGCCGAUUGUUCAAGUCAGUGACAAAGGCUGUGAGCAGCGCCGGAAAUGCGGUCGCCAGCACGGCAUCAGAUGUUGCGGCGGCUGCAAAUGAUGGCACCGGCUUAGUCGGGAAUGCGCUGGGCGACGCCUAUGAGCAUGCAGCCGACCAGGUGACUUUCGUGGCCAACACUGUGAUUGACUCAGUAGAGCUGGCGAUUGACAUCUUGGUCCGUGGCUUCUCUGACUGGAAUGCCGGUUGCCCAGACACCCGCACGCCAGACAUGCACGUCGAUGGAGACGGCAUCCGUGUGGAUUGGGGUCGUCAGAAAUGCUGGGUCCGGCUGAUGGGCCAGACCUGCAACCUCUUCGACUUCAACUUUGGAUCCGUGUCCCUGAGUUGGCCCGAGCCCCUGAAGACCGUCGUGGGCUUCGGCUUGAUGCCCGUCCGCUCCAUGUUCAACCUGGGCGCCGACCUCGUGGACUGUGCCACCUCCGGCUCCGCCGUGGAGGUCGUGAAGUGUCUGGGCUUUCGGCUGAUACAGGAGGUGCCGCCGCUGAGCCUCCUGACCAGGAUGAGCGAGAUGCUCACGGAGUUCAUCGAGGUCUUCGCACAGGUGGCUGCGGUGGUGGUCAGGCAAGUGUUGGAUGACGGCUCCUCCUUGGUUCAGAAGGCCGCCCAGUCCAAGUUUCCUGGAGUCGACGAAGCCCCGGUGCUGCACCAUGCAGGGAAAAGCCUCACCAUCAAGACGCACUCCCAGCAUCCGAAGGGCAGGAAAAGGGAUCCCAGAUCAAAGAUUCCACGCGAGGAAAAGCUGUCGGCGGUGCAGCAGGACGCCAAGGCAAAGGUACGUGGUGACGACGACCCAGAGCCUCAAGGCAGCAUCGCCCUGGGCGUCUCGGACCAGGAAGGCAACUAUGCCACGCGGCUCAUCACCCAGUGGAAUGGUAGGGAGACAGACACCAGCUCCUGCUUGGCCUUCGCACCAAAGCACAGGGCAGGCAGCAACGAUCAGGCCCUGAAGUCAGACUGGCAAGGGAACAGCGAUGACUCUUUCAUUCCAUUGGAGCCCUUUGGCGUACCCUGCGACAAUGACUGGAUGAAGGAUAACUGGGACAAGUGGCAGGGCUACUCCUUCUACGUCUGGGAGAUGGCCAUCGAGAAGUGCGUGACUGUGACCUACAGUCUUGGCAUGCAGCCUGCGCUCGCCUUCGUGGGUGGCCUGAGCUUCGAGUUGAUGCCGGCGCCCUUGGCUGAGAUGGACACGACGGUCUGCUGGCCGGACAAGCAGCCCGGGGGGGUGGAUUUGAGCGUCUUGCGCUCCGAGAUCCGCUCGGGGGGCAUCAUGCUCUUCAGCCGAACUUUGCGCCUGCAGAAGCGCUUUGGGAGCGGCACGGACUUCGUGGACAGCAACAUCUUCGGUGCCCACGAGACCUGGCGGAACCCACUUGGCACGGCCGUGGGAAGUCACGGGGUCGAAGAUGAUCGCACCGUGGAAACCAUGUCGAGGUCCUCCCUCCUUGCAACGAACCAGACGUCCGAAAGGAGCCAUGAGAGCCCGAAGGCCACGGAGCAGCGAGAGCGGGGAGAGGCAGAGCUGCACUGGGAAACCGAUCUCGAGGAGCUCUACCUGGCUGCCGGCCACUACGGGAAGGACCUGGGAAUCAACAAGACCUCCGAGCUGCGUGGAGAAGACGUCCUGAAGCGCAUGCAGGAACUGAAGGCUAAGAAGGGCAUGAGUACUCUUCAGGCAGACGCUGAGUCCGGCACGGACUACCACCAGCUUUUCAGCUUCAAGAAUCCUGGUCCGGUCUCUUUCGAAAUCCUAGGACUUCUGGAAGACAACAGCUUAGAGCUUGGCAUGAAGAUCAACUUCGGCCCAUUCGAGUCUCCUGAGAAGCGGAUCCCCUUGCUCAACAUCGUGGACCAGUUCACGCUGGUUCUGGGAGUUAUGCCUUGGGUGUCACCCAGUAGCAAGGUGAAGGCCAUCGCCUCUUUGAGAGACUUCGGAAAGCAGGACAUCGCCUCGGUCCUGCCUGAGGUGCCUCCGCCAGAGGUGGCCCCGGGCUCCAUCAUCGGCCUCUACAACCCUCACUGGAGCCGCUGGAUCCGAAUGGGUGGUGACCAUGGCGACGUCGUGGAUCGCUCCGGCGCGACGGCCUUUGACGCCAUGCCCGCGGACUGGACCUGGGAGAAGUUCGCCGUGGUGGACGCCGGGGAUGGCCUGAUUGCGCUCCACUGCCCGAAGUGGAACCGCUUUUUGUCCCUGAGCCCCGAGGGGGAGGUCUACGGAAGUCCCCACAGAGCUGCGAGCCAGUUCCACCCUGGAUGGUCUUGGCAGAAGUUCAAGGUGGUCUACGCGGGCGAUGGCAUGAUCGCCCUUUAUUCCCGGACCCACAGCCGGUUUGUCGAGAUGGACCGUGACACCGUGGACGCCACGCAUGUCGUAGGUGAGGAUAGCGUGACAGAAAGUUGGACCUGGCAACGCUUCCAGGUGCUGCGAACCAAGUGGCUGCUGCAGCCGGGUACCGUGGUGGGCUUCCACAACGCAAUCCACAACCGCUACAUCAGCAUGGGAGAUGAUGGGACGAUGCACCCAAGCCCUGUGAGGGACUACAACCUUGAGCUACCCGAACAGUGGAGCUGGCAGAGGUUCACCGUGGUGGAUGCCGGGAACGGCGAGUAUGGGCUCCACAAUGCAAAGCACAACAAGUUCUGGAAGAUGACCGACACCGCCGAGAUGAUCGCCAGCGUCCCCAAGGCGGCCCACGAGAUGCCGGCGCCGGAGCACUGGCCGUGGGAGCGCUUCGCCGCCGUGGAUGUUGGAAAUGGCGAGAUCGCCUUCUACAACCCCCACCACAACCGCAUGGUCUCGCUCUCCGAGUCGGACGUCUACGGCUCCAGCCACCGGGCGCCCCAAGACUUUCCCGAAGGCUGGACCUGGCAGAAGUUCAAGGUCAAGCUCUAUGCGGACGCCGGCUCCAACCCCAACGACCUGCCCUGGUCCUUCUCGAACUGA